AAUCAAUGGACGACAAUCAACCGGCCGACAUCGGUAAGCUCUGCGCAGCGGUCCCUGAAGAUCUGGCAAAACUAAUUUGUCAUUUCCCAUAUGUUUUCCCGGAUGACCAGCCACCUGGUCUACCACCAGAACGCCCUCAGGACCAUCGGAUCGAACUCGAACCCGACGCGCUGCCAACUGACCGGACACAGUGGCGGCUGACGCAGCCCGAGCUCCACGAAUUGCGGGACCAGCUGGACUACUUUCUGGCCAAAGGGUUCGUUCGACCGAGCACGUCCCCAUUCGCUGCCCCGAUCAUGUUCACACCCAAGAAAGAUGGGGGCAUCCAAAUGUGCAUUGAUAAUCGCGCCCUAAAUCGGGUUACGAUAAAGUCUCGCUACUCAAUCCCGCACACGGACGAGUUGAUUUACCAGCUGCGAGGUGCUCGCUACUUCUCGAAGAUCGACCUUCGCGGCGGUUACCUCCAGAUUCGAGUCUUCGCCGAAGACUGCCACAAGACCGCGUUUCGUACUCGCUACGGGAGUUACGAAUACACUGUCAUGCCGUUCGGGUUAACAAAUGUCCCCUCGGCAUUCCAGCUGACGAUGAAUGGGUAUUUUGGGAUCUACUCGAUAAUUGUGUAAUCAUUUAUCUGUAUGACAUCCU